GAUGUCGGAUUGAGACACAGCUUUUUACACGUCAGUGAUUCGUGAGUUCUUUCUCCGGUUGGUCGGAAAGCUUUCGGUUCAAGAAGUGAGAAGAUGAUGGCGAGUAGUUGAGGGAUAAGCUGGUGUAUGUAUUUUUUAUUUUUAAAUAUAAAGCGAAUAUAGCAGUGUAUUUCGGGUCGUUACGUCAUCAAAAUGCGACACUUCCUGCUUUGCUGCCAAGCUAAGCUAACUUAAGCUAAAGUUGUUUUUGUUUGCUAGCACUAAUGCUAAUUCUGACCUGAACUUAAGUGUUUGUUUCUUUAAAUUUGGGGUUUAGUUUGUAGAUAUAAAUAUGGCACAGGAAAGUGAAACCGGAGACGUGGACCGAGGCAGCGGAGACUCCGGGAAGCGAAGCCCGGGCGGAGGCGUGCGGCUUCGGCGGCGCUCCGCAGACACAGCGGCGGCGCUGCGGGCCGUGAAGGCGGCGCUGAUGGACGCUCUGGGACCUCAUGAGCGGCUCAUCACCUACUUACAAGCCGUGUUUCUGUGGGAGAGACCCGGACACAGCGUGCUUCUCUACACACUCACCAACUGCUGCUUCUGGUUCUUUGCGUUGAGCUCGUUGAGGCUGUUCUUCAUCUUGGCGUCAGGACUGGCUCUGGUUGUGUGCGUCGAUACGUGGAGGAACAAGAUUUGGCCCAAAAUCAAAGUGAAGCGAGUGGAUGGGAGUGAAAAUGAAAGUUGGGGCCUGGUGCAGCCCGGCACCCUGAGCGUACCUGAGUUGUGCCACCACAUGGCCGAGGUUUGGGUGAGCGGAGCCUUGUGUGCUGCUGAUCUCAUCAAGUUUAAACAACACAACCCUGGACAGUUCUGUGUGUUGGUGUGUGGGCUGUUCUCUUUCCUGGCCAUGGUGGGGCGCUACAUCCCUGGAGUAAUCCUCGCUUAUGUUGCUGUGUGGGGCGUGCUGUUGUGUCCGCUGGCGAUGUAUCAUCAGCUGUGGCCUCGCGUGUGUGAGAGGCUGGAGCCGGCCCUGCAGUGGCUGGACUUCAGUGUCAAAGGCUACAUGAUGUCCAAGCCCAUAGACAACCAGUUCCUUCGUCGACCAAUCCGAAGCGGCGCCUCGGGUGAUGCCAGCGACAGCGAGGAGGAGCUAGCUGCCUUCUGCCCUACAUUUGAUGAAACAGCGGUUGCUAAGGAAUUAGCCAUGACGGAUUCCGAGCACUCGGAUGCAGAAGUCUCGUACGCAGAAAAUGGCACCUUUAACCUGUCCAGGGGACAGACUCCUCUCACCGAGGGCUCAGAAGAACUCGACAGGCACAGUGACCCAGAGGAGUCCUUUGCGCAGGACCUCCCAGACUUCCCGUCUAUAAACCCAGACGCCACGCUGAUGGAGGACGACGAUGAUCCCAGCCUCGGGCUGCCCAGCUUAGCCUCAGUCAGCGUCUCUGGCACUCGCGCGUCCACCUCCUCCGCUCUGCUGGACCUGGACUCGGACCAGGACGACCUCGACACCGACCUCUCGCUCAACGUGACCUCUGACUUCACCGGUGAUCUCGCAGGCAUCCUGGCCAGCAACAUGAUCCAGGCGGCGCUCUCGGGGGCUGUACAGGCGCCGCGCGGAUACAGGAAACAGUCAAGCUCAGAGCUGGACUUGGACCCGGAUCAGGACCACGACGACUUUGAGCUGCUGGAUCAGUCCGAGCUCAACCAGAUGGAUCCUUUAGGGGGCUCAGGGGUGAGAGGAAGCAGCCAGAACAGAACAGCGGGAUCCAGCUUCCUGUCCAACCUGCUUGGGAAGCCACAGUGAGCCGUGUGUGUGUGUGUGUGUGUGGUCUGAUACACAGCUACCUAUAUCAACGCCUUCUACCUGUCCAUUCUCUAGAACAUAGCCAAGAGCAGCGUGUGUACGUAUAGGUGUGUGUAUUGCACGGGUCAUGAAUGUUCUCUUAGGUUCCACUCGUCAGUGGCUCCACUCAAACACUGUGAAGUCGUUUUGUUUCCCUGAUUUUUCUUUUGUAGGCACAGCAAUAGUACGGGAGGAAUAUUACAGAAACCAGCAUAGCAAACACCAAACCUUUUUACAGCAUUCAACACGUAACGUAACAAACUGAGCCUUAUUAUAAACGGGCAAAACUUCUGUUCAAAAGCAUCGUUUAAUAUGAUAUACACUCCUGAUGGGGACCAAUCCACACAUUCCUAUAGAUGCUGUAGAUCACACACAGUCCUUACCAUAAACACAAACGCUGCUGACUGACGAUCGAGGGAGGCUGAAUGAGAACGUACCAUAAUCCUCGUUUUACCCUGCUUCCUGUUCGACGCUAAUUUUGAGCUCGGAGGUCAUCGAGUUCAACUUCGCCAGUAUGUUAUGCACACUUUGUAUUCGUUCUGCUGAAGUGAAUUGUUUCUAAUUUGGAAUGAAAAGCUGAAACUCGCCGCUGCUGAGUAGUUUAAACUUUUUUUUUUAAUAAAGAUUAUAAACUAAAAUGUAGCGGUACAGCAUGUCAGAUCUGAGAAGCAGUAGAGUCUGAUCAAUUGGCAUUUAAUGAUUAAUAAGAAUUUAUUCUUAAAGUUUAUUAUAUAAAAUCUCAAUGCUGUUACAAAUAGAAGAAGGAUAUUUAAAUUGUUCCACGAAAUCGACUCGGACAUGAGCUGAUGGUCUAAGCCGUGUACGACCGGAUUGAGUGGAAUAACUGUUUUAUUCUAUCAACAUUCACUGGAUUUUGAGAAACGGAGCUUUUUUUUUUUUUGCAAAUUCGAUAAAUGGAAAAACUUGUCCGACAAUCAUUUUCACUUAGAAUGUAAACAAACCAGUGAAAUGACAGGAGCGAUUUGUGAAAAAUGCAUCAAUAAUAAUAAUUCUUGAAAAAUUAAAGAUGUUCUUACAAUCAAAUACUUUUUUUAUUCCGUUUUUGGUUUUGUUUUUGAGUAGAGUUUUUUUUUUUUUUAUUUCAUCCUCGGUUGGUUCAGUAACAUGCUCCGCCGUUUUGUUUUUCUCUACUCGCGGUAUACGAGGUCAUAGCCGAGUAGUGAAGUAGCCAAUCGGAGCAUGCGAUUGCUCAUAUCCAGUGAAUAUGGAUAGAAUAUGUAGAAUUAUCACACGUUAAGAGCACUGCGGUGCCGGGCUCAUAACGCAGCAAAUUGAAUAGUGAUCUCAAAUAUUUAAAAAUUCACAAAAGUAAUUUAGGCAUCUAACGCCUCGGUCACAACCGGCCGUACGUGCUCCUACGGCCGGUCUACGUGCAAAAACCGCAAGAAACGCACGGAGGGCACGCGUGUGACGUGCUGAUUUUCGAGCCGCAGACCGGCCGCAGAGGUUCUUUGUCAUGUUAAACAAACUCUACGGGUGCUUACCGUAUUUUCUGGACUAUAGAGCGCACCUGUAUAUAAGCCGCAUCCGCUCUAUUUUAAAAAAAAAUUUAAAAAAAGAUAUACAAGCCGCACCGGGCUAUAAGCCGCAGAUAUCCAUGUUGAAAAAUUAGAUAUUUACUGCAUGUACAGAACGAUUUUGUACUGUAAAUGUACAUGUAUGUAUCUGAACAGAUUCUUUCCGAACAGUGCCUUUUAACACGGCAGCAGCUUUGCUGAUUAAAACGGAACAGAGCCAAGAGAAAAUAACCGGUAUUUAUUUACCUUCAUUUCUCCUGUGUUUGAAACCACAAGUCACUUUAAUCAUCUUCGCUGGAUUUGAAAAUAAUUACCAGUUAGUAAUUUGUCGUGCGUGUUCUAUCUGCUAAAGAUCUGCUAAUUCUUCUUUGCAUUGAUUUUUCGUCUAUCUUAUUUUUGAUUCUACUUCCGGUUAGAGCGCCCCUAGCGGUGGAAGAAAAAUCCACAGAAUAGCCGCACCUUUGUAU